GCCGAAUGCUUUACGGUAGAAAAGCUCAAAAAAGAGGGCAUGUCUGCUGCCAAAAUUGCACAUAUCCUUGGUAGAUCGGAUAUUUCUAUUAAAAACUGUCUUAAACGAUUACGUUUAACUGAUAAUUCUAGUUAUCUUAAAAGAAAGUCUAGUGGUAGAAAACCACUUGAACAUAAAAAUUGGACUAAAGAAGAUUGGCAACAUGUUUUAUGGACUGAUGAAUCAUCUGUCAGCACUGACUCAAAUGGAAAAAUCGAUGGUCAAAAAUCAAUUAUGGUUUGGGGAUGUGUAAAUGGAUAUAAUUUACACCAUUUGGUUCGCUGCCCACCACGUAUGAAUGAUGAAGCAUAUGGAGAAAUUAUUGUGGAUGCUGUUUAUCCUAUAAUUAUAGCUACAGACGAUACAAUAUUUCAAGAAAACAGAGCAAGAAUUCAUAUAAGUAAAUCAGUAAAAAAAAUUAAAGCAGAGCUUGGAAUUGUGCCUAUGAAAUGGCCUCCGUAUUCUCCGGACCUUA